UGAUUGGUACUAUUGAUACCAAGUUGUAAGGCUGUAAAGGUUUCUAUCGCUCGUUAGGUUGUAUUUGUGAUAUUAAUAAGCCGUUAAGAUAAACUCAUUUUGAUACGCUCCUUGAUCUAUUCGGAGUAGCCUGAAAUUGUAAAAGUGAAAAUCAAGAAGUAAUACAUAUAUUUUUUAGCAUAACAAAAAUCGUGACACAUACACACAAAUUCAUAUAUAUAAAUUAAACCGCCAGGAUGAUGACAGAGAAAAUUGUACCCGGUCAUUCAAGUCUGGUCAACAAGGGAAUUUUGAAUGAUCAUCAAAUUGCCAAUAACUUAAGUGAUGAUAUGGGAUGGAAAUCCAAACUGAAGCUUCCCCCAAAGGACAAUCGAUUCAAAACGACAGAUGUGACUGAUACGCGUGGCAACGAAUUUGAAGAGUUUUGUCUGAAGCGUGAACUGCUCAUGGGUAUUUUCGAGAAGGGUUGGGAACGACCAUCGCCGAUCCAAGAAGCUGCUAUUCCAAUUGCCUUAAGUGGAAAAGAUGUAUUGGCCCGUGCAAAAAAUGGCACAGGCAAAACCGGAGCAUAUUGCAUUCCAGUUUUGGAGCAAAUUGACCCAACUAAAGACUAUAUCCAAGCCUUGGUGAUGGUCCCCACUCGAGAAUUGGCACUGCAAACCUCACAGAUAUGCAUCGAACUGGCCAAGCAUCUGGAUAUCCGAGUUAUGGUUACGACAGGCGGUACAAUUCUAAAGGAUGACAUUCUUCGUAUAUAUCAAAAAGUACAAUUAAUUAUUGCGACUCCGGGUCGAAUUUUGGAUUUAAUGGAUAAGAAAGUUGCUGAUAUGUCGCAUUGCAAAAUAUUAGUUUUGGAUGAAGCCGAUAAGCUGCUCUCGUUAGAUUUUCAAGGCAUGCUGGAUCAUGUUAUAUUAAAAUUGCCCAAAGAUCCACAGAUAUUGCUGUUUUCGGCCACAUUUCCAUUAACGGUUAAAAACUUUAUGGAGAAGCAUUUGCGUGAACCCUACGAGAUCAAUCUGAUGGAAGAGCUAACACUGAAAGGUGUCACCCAAUACUAUGCAUUUGUACAAGAACGCCAGAAAGUUCACUGCUUAAAUACAUUAUUUUCCAAAUUGCAAAUAAAUCAAUCAAUCAUAUUUUGCAAUUCGACGCAACGUGUCGAACUCCUUGCGAAAAAGAUAACGGAGCUGGGCUAUUGCUGUUAUUAUAUUCACGCUAAAAUGGCCCAGGCGCACAGGAAUCGAGUGUUUCACGAUUUUCGGCAAGGCCUCUGCCGAAAUUUGGUCUGCUCCGAUUUGUUUACCCGUGGCAUCGAUGUACAAGCUGUGAAUGUCGUCAUCAAUUUUGAUUUCCCUCGAAUGGCUGAAACAUAUUUACAUCGAAUCGGUCGUUCUGGUCGAUUUGGACACUUAGGUAUUGCUAUAAAUUUAAUAACCUACGAGGAUCGGUUUGAUCUGCAUCGCAUUGAAAAGGAAUUGGGAACGGAAAUUAAACCCAUACCGAAAGUAAUUGAUCCAGCACUGUAUGUGGCAAAUGUUAGUGGCUCCUCAGGCGACACAUGCAACAAUAGUGAUCUUAAUAAUUCAACAAAUGAAGAAGGCAAUGUUAGUAAAUAGAAAAUUACAAAUUGAUUUUAAAAAAAGUAAUAAGUUUUGAAUUAUCAUCUAAAACAAUGGAAACAAUAAACGAAAUCUAAUAUUGCAGUACA